AUGACCUCCCCUACCAAAGAAGGCUCCCCGAGCUCCGACCCCCUCGAAGACGAUUUUCUCAUUGCGCUCAUCGACUCGGUCCAGCGUAACCCGUGCGUGUACAAUCGCUAUGAUCCGUUGCACAAAGUCACCGAUUACAAGCAUGAGAUAUGGAAGAUGAUCAGUAUUGAAAUUGGGUAUGAUGGGCAGCCGGUGGAGUUGGAGAGGAAGUGGAAACACAUGAGGGAUAAGUAUGUUCGGUUGAGGAAGCAGGAUAAGCAGAAGGCGCCAAUCAAGGACACUAAUAAGUGGUACAACUAUUAUCAAAAAAUGUCAUUCUUGGAUCCUUACGUCGAGCAUCGUAACCGUAAGCGUCAGAAGGAUCGAGAUAGCUCUCCAGAUAUGAUUGAUGAAGAUGCACUGUUCAUGGACGAGAUCAAGAACAUGGGAAAAAUUUUUGUAAAACAAGGAAAUAAGUCGCCUUCUUCAAGCACCUCAUCCUCUGGAAACACUCACGGCAGGAAUUUGGAUUCUCCUGUGGAGGAGAUGGAGGUGGAGAUUCCAAAGAGAUUGGCGCAUCCGUAUGAUAAGAUGUUCGAUGAGGCGCAGUUUAAGAUUUCUGAGGAGGUUGUGAAGACUAUCCCACUCCUUCCCCCAUCAAACGGAAACGCCGCCCCUAAACUCACUCAACACAUCGAAAUGCCAAGAUCCCGUAAACGCAAACCGAUCCCAAUCAAAAUUCCAUCUGAAAGCCCAUCACCACCAGAGAAAAAGAUGAAGGAGAGUAUCCUGGAAGAGAUGUUGAAAGAGCACAAUGAAGAUCAGGUCUCCUUCUUCAUCCGCACCAUCUCCCAAGCCCUGUCUAACAUGGACCACAAACAGUUUGCAACUGCUCGUCUGGAAAUCUCGAAAGUGUUGUAUAAUAUUGAAUUGGACAGAGUCAAAAUGGCAAAUCUCGUUCCUUCAUGUAAAUAA